GAGUGUUGUGUAAACGCUGGCUGCCGAAAAAUUUGGCCGCACGCAUUUUUCUAAUUGUAAAUAAUAAUUAGUUUUAAAUUCGUAUUUAAGACAUGUUGAACAUAUUGCGACAGCGCCAUGCGGCGCUUGCGAAUGCCGCGCAACGUUGCUUACACUCUACUCCCUGCCGGCCGGGCUAUAUUGUGCUCGUGCCCGAAAUCGGCGAAGAUGGUCAAAUGGGCGAGGGACUACUUAUGCCAAAUGGGCUGCCGGCAUUCAGCGAUAUCACCAUCGAGAUGUGUCUGGGCGCCAUUGGCCAGCAGGCGUCGGCCGUGGAGAAGUCAGUCAAAUUGCUUGAGCAGGAUAUCAAAAGUGGCAAGCAGCUCAAAGGUGCCGAUAUAUACAGAGAACUGGAUGCAGUUACUGCGCCAUUGGAGACGACCUGGGGUGUGGCCAAAGCGCUCUACCUGGGCAACAGCACGCUGAUACCUACCAAGUCUUAUAUGAAUAUACACGAACGAGCGCGCAAUGCACGUGCUGCCAAAUUCUGCAACAAAACAGUGUACACGGCUCUGCUGGAGCAAGAAGAUCAAGCAGGUGAAGCUGAGCAACGUUUGCGCCAAAAGUUUUUACUUGAGGGCAAAUUAAAUGGCCUAUCGCUGAGCAAGGACGGUCAAGAUGGGCUCAAGGAAUUGCUAACGCAGUUGGGCCGUGAGCGUGGUAACUUCAAAAAUAAAGUUAACAUGGCUGUGCACGCAUUUGCGCAUGUGGUCAAUGAUUUCCAGCUGGUUCGCGACUUUCCGCCAACGCUGCUGGAGGCCACGGCCCGGGAUCCCAGUCAACCACUCGAAGGUCCAUGGAAAAUAACGCUUCAGCCGCCAAUUGUUGAGGGCUUUCUCAAAUACUGUCCCGAUCGUCUGCAGCGCUGGAAUGUGUGGCGCGCCAAUGCUCUAAAAGCAUCUCAGCAACAGGAUAAAGCACUAGAGAACAGCACGCAUCUGGAGAAGAUACGCGCCUUACGCAAGCGCCAGGCUAAUCUGUUGGGCUAUACCAACUACGCAGACAUGUCCAUGCAAACUAAAAUGAUUGGCAGUGUAGAAAACCUGAAGCAAGUCUUUGCCAAGUUGCUGAAAUUCGCGGGACCCGCUCAGAGUGUAGAACUUGAGGCGUUGCAAAAGUUUGCCAGCUUAAAUGGUGCUGAACACAAACUGGAGGCAUACGAUAUUAGCUAUUGGGCGCGCAAACAGCUUGUCGCCGAGCAUCAGCUGGUGGAGGACAAGCUGCGAGAGUACUUCCCCCUGCCACGCGUGCUCUCCGGUCUUUUUGCAUUAAGCGAAAAGCUCUUCAAUAUACGCAUUUCGGAGCAGCCCAAGACGGAGGUGUGGCAUCCGGCUGUCAAGUUCUUUAAUGUGUACGAUGGCGAUGCCAGCAACAGUUCAACGCCCGUUGGCGGCUUCUAUGUGGAUUGCUAUUCCAAGGAGCAUAAAUUUGGCCGUAACAAUGGCUGGAUGGUGGGCAUACGCAAUAGCAACAAAACAGCCGGCCUCACCCCACUCUGCGCACUCAUCUUUAACUUUACAGAGCCGACGCAGGGCAAGCCCACGCUGUUGGGCUUCGACGAUUUGCAAAUGGUAUUCAAGACCUUUGGCACGGCGCUGCAGCAUCUGCUGACGCAAGCGGGCUACAGCGAACUGGCGGGUCUAUCCAACAUUGAGUGGGAUGCCUCGCAAGUGUCGGGUUAUGUGAUGAGCAACUUCCUAGACGACGCCGCAGUGCUGCAGACUUUGUCCGGUCAUUACGCCAACGAUCAGAUCAUUGAUGCUGAGCUUGCCCAAAAGACGCGCCUGCUGAAAACGCAGCUGUCAGGGUAUAAUCUGUGCCAGGAAUUGUAUUUGGCCGAUCUGGACGUCGAAUUGCAUCGCUCUGGCGCCUUUUGGCUGGAAAUUGUACGCAAAAUCUGGCCAGUGUAUCACUGUAUGCCACUCGACAAGAAAGACGCACAUCCCUGCUCCAUGACCGACAUUUUUGCUGGCGACUGGGCGGCGGCACAUUUUAGUCAUUUGUAUUCCAAGCUAAUUGCCGCCGACAUCUCGAGCGGAUUUGCGGAGCAGCGCAACGACGAACACUACGCCACAGUGGGUAAACGCUAUAAGCAAACUUUCCUCAGUUAUGGCGGCUCUGUGCCCACGGCGGAAGUAUUCCGUCGCUUCCAAGGCCGUGAUCCGUCAGUGGAGGCGCUACUUAAAUCAUUGGACAUAUUCAUAACUUCCCAAACCACCGAACACAAUUAAAGCGUCACCCUUGCGGCUGCCAUCGUGACCAGCAUUCACCGUUAUCUAUUUUUAACCAUUAGUAAGUAGUUAGUGUAGAUAAUGGUUGGCAUUAAUAAAUCGAGGUGCCGAAUUGGUCGCGUUGGAUUAACUGAUUACCGAGUCAACAGACGACGCCUUAUCGUGCACAUUGAGGAAGGCGAUACCGCAGGUGUUACUGAAUGUACAUGGAUGACUCUUUACGAUUGUUUCAACCACAACUCAACAGUUUGCUUUAUUUAAAUAAUACUUUACCAAUAAAUUGCGUAAACUUUAUAA